AUGGGCCUGGUGACAGUGCGAGACGAGUGGACGAAAUUAAUCGGACACCGCUUUCUCAACUCUCAGAUUUGCCUGUGGAUCGGUAUAGUGCAGGCGCUUGUUUGUAUUUGGGGUGUCGCCCAGCAUUGCCAUUCGUUCAUUCAUUAUCAAAAGAUUCUUCGCUGCGAUUUUCUGGAGGGCGCACUGCCAUUGGAAGCGGCUGACGCAGUAAUAUUCGACAUCGGCCUAUUUCAUUCACUGUGGGGAAUUCGUGGUUGUAUAGCCGAAUAUUUGGACGGCGGAUUUGGAAGGCUUGUGUGGUGUGUGACACAUAUCAUAUCGCUGACGGCCUCGUUGCCAUUUGCUUUUGUUUCUCGACCUCGGCCGUGCUUCCUUUGGCCGCUUCUCAUUCAGGUGAGUGAUCUUAUCGCAUUGCAAUUUUUAAUAACAUUUCCAUCGAAUUCAGUGCUUCACUGUUUAAAGCACUAUUAUGCAAAAAAAGCACAUAGUGUUAGCUGUCCUACUUUCGGUAGAGAGACGACUCGUAGCGACUGUCCGAACCUAGCUUAG